GCGCAGACGCAUUGCUUUCUCUGCGAGUCACUUGGAGAGGAAAUUCGCUGGCUUGGGUAGUCUCCGUGUCUGCUGCUACUGGAACCAAAAACACAAUUACAUUUACAGGCAGCGGGGCAGGAAAAUGGCGACGCUGGGAUCCGAUUCCCAGCCCGCUUCGGGCGGUGGCCAAAGUAACCCCGGCAGUCUUGGUCUGAAUAACGCACCUCUAAACCGAGGUCUGGAAAGGGCUCUGGAAGAAGCGGCGAACUCCGGGCUUCUAAACCUUAGUGCGCGGAAACUAAAGGAAUUUCCUCGCAGCGCAAUGAACCACGACCUGUCGGACACGGUACAGGCAGACCUAUCCAAGAACCGGCUGACUGAGAUUCCAAUUGAAGUGUGUAAUUAUGUCUCCCUGGAAGUAUUAAACUUGUAUCACAACUGUAUUAAAGUCAUUCCAGAUGCCAUUGCCAGUUUGCAAAUGUUAACAUACUUAAACCUGAGCCGAAAUCAACUCUCAGCACUGCCAGUGUGCUUGUGUGGUCUUCCACUGAAAGUCCUAAUAGCAAGUAACAAUAAACUAUGUACAUUGCCAGAAGAACUUGGCCAUUUAAAGGACUUAAUGGAAUUGGAUAUUAGUUGUAAUGAGAUCACAGCACUGCCCCAACAGAUAGGACAGUUAAGAUCACUGCGGGAGCUGAAUAUCCGAAGGAAUUAUAUUAAGGUGUUACCAGAAGAUCUGGCUCAUCUUCCCUUAGUCAAAUUUGAUUUUUCUUGCAAUAAAGUAGAAGUGAUUCCUCUCUGCUUUAGAAAAAUGACAAACUUACAGAUACUGCAGCUGGACAACAACCCUCUUCAGUCCCCACCUGCUCAGAUCUGCAUUAAGGGAAAGGUGCACAUAUUCAAGUAUCUUAGCAUAGAAGCUUGUAGGCUUGACAAGUCUGCAGAGUCAAGUUAUCUGCCUGUAAUAGAGAGCAUGCCACAGCAUGCAGCUGGAAGCACUGAAGAUAUUGACCAGAAUAAGAAGCAAGAUACAGACUCCGGAGUGGGCAGUGAUAAUGGCGAUAAACGUUUGUCUGCAACUGAGCCAUCAGAUGAAGAUACAAUAAGUCUGAAUGCACCUAUGACAAAUAUUACAGAAGAAGAGGGGGUUAAUAAAGAAGUCCAUCUUCAAGAUUCAGAUCACCUGGGUCUGAGUCUGAAUGAAAACAACAAUUCAGAAGAAAGUAUCCAGAGUAACUACGAAUAUGGCGAAUGUACCCUAAGCACUCCUUUUGUUAACUACAUGAAGGCAAGAUCAUCUGACUUUGAUGAACCUUUAAGAAUAGAUGAAGACCAGUGCUGGAUAACUAAUCAGAUAACACCAAAUUCAGCCAACAGCCAAGAAAUUCCUAUUGAAAUGAUAAACCAGCUUCGAGAGGCAGUGGAGCUCUUACAAGACCCAAACAGACUGAAUAUGAACGUAAAACUAGGCACAGGGGAUCAAAUAUUCUCUCAAACUACGGAUCUACCAGAUUCACCUCUAAAUGGGCAAAUGACGCAGGGCCUCCCUAUGUCAUACCAGAAUGAAAGUACAGAUGGAAAGCAUGAAUUCCAGAAGAGGAGGGAAAUGAUUCUAGAAAAAGCCAGGCAUGAGGCCCAACUUGCAUGUCAGCAAUAUGAGAGACAAAUAAUAAUCCAGAGUAAUUUGAGCUCUGAUGAGCAGAAUGACAUGAGAAGAGAUUCUUUGGAUGGGGGAGAUGAUGAUUCAUCAGCUUCAUCUCCUACAUUGAACUCUCCUCCAUUUGGACUUAGACCACGAUCUGACAUGCCUAUUUCUUCCUCUCCUCCUACCUCUCUCAGCCCUAUUACACAGACCCUGCCAGGUGAUAAAGACAUCCUCAGUACCCCAACAGAAGGAGACAUGAAAAAUGGUGUAUUCAUAAGAUCACCAAGAACUUUAGAAUCAAUAGAUCCUCAGUUUACAAUGCGCAGAAAGAUGGAGCAAAUGAGGGAAGAACUGGAGUUAAUGGAGCAACUCCGAGAGAGUAUUGAGAGUAGGCUUAAGGUGACGUUACCAGAGGAUCUGGGUUCUUCAUUAAUGGAUGGAGUUGUUUUGUGUCAUUUGGUUAAUCACAUUCGACCUCGCUCAGUUGCCAGCAUUCAUGUUCCAUCACCUGCUGUGCCUAAAUUAAGUAUGGCCAAAUGCCGGAGAAAUGUGGAAAAUUUUCUGGAAGCCUGCAGAAAGAUGGGAGUCCCAGAGGAGAAAUUAUGUCUACCCCAUCACAUACUUGAAGAAAAAGGCUUGGUUAAAGUGAGCAUUACCGUCCAAGCACUGAUAGAUGUGACCACAACCAAACAGGCCUUGUUUACAUGAAAAGCAAGUAAGACUGACACUACCUGUCAGAGUACUACGGCCUUACUAGACCACCACAAACGCAGACCCCCUGCUGCAGUGUUUCUAGCCAAAGUGAUUGAAGGGAGUUUGCCGCUGCACCUCCUGAACUUUCUAUUGGAAAAUGAUGUGCGUAAGAAUCUUGAGGGGAUCAGUGUUGUUUGAAGUGUAAAUGGACAUGUCACUGUGUCAAUGCAGGUUCCCCAUGUUGAGUGAUGCUUAAACUAUUUGAUGAGAUGGGCUACUUUUGAAUUUUGUUUUUCCUUGUUUCGCCUGCCCUGAACGUAAGAGUAAUUUUGGGGAAGUCAGGGACCUGUAUUUUUACCCCGAGAUAUUUAUAUUAUUUAUUUAAAGUGUUUUUUCCUCCAUUAUUACAAAAAUGGAUACUUCACAUCAGCUAUCCAAUAUGCAGAAGCUGAUUCUGUGUACAGUUUAAUCUUGUUAGUAUAUAUAUAUAUAUAUAUAUAUAUAUAUAUAUAUAUAUAUAUAUAUAUAUAUAUAUAUAUAUAAGGUGGGCUAUAGCUUGCGUUAGGUUUUGUGACUUGCACAUUUUAUUCUUUUUAAUUCUUUUUUUUUUAAUUUAAAGUGAUGUGUCUCAGGGGUUGGUGAAAACAAAUGUACUGUCAGUCUCUUUUAUUCCGUGGCUUUUGUAACAUUCCAGGUUUGUGUUAAUUUAUAAUAUUGAACUUUCUUCUUUUAAGAAACAUUUGCCCCAUUUAGGUAAGUAGGCAAUUUAAGAGGCCAUGGGAGGUGAGAAGGCCCAGAUGUGUGUGACACUGUAUUGGCACUGUGGAAACGGAGAGACAGGAGUUGACAAUUUGUGAGACCAUGGUAGGCUUAGUGAGCUCACUCAGGUAAAGGUUGGCUUCUGUCAGAGAAACCCCACCAAAAUGGCAAGGCUCCUGCCUUGUUUCGUACUUUUAAGACUCCAGAGUCUAGAAUUGUGAGAAAAGGAGAUAUGCGAGUACACCCUUCAGAGCCAGUUGAGAAGACUUGUCCGUGGUUAGGUAGAGGGUCAAUUUUUAAACACACCCUAACCCUUAACUCUCACAUGCCUUGUGUCUGUGAGGCUGAAGUCUUAAAGAUGUUACAAAGGUGAGUAGAGGACAGCAGCACUCCGCUGCACCUCUCAAAAGAGCAGAAAUGUUCAUCUGCAUCCCUUGGCGCUUUAGGCAUGAAUCCUUUAAAUCCUAGUUUUCAGUAAGUGCAGCUUUUUUAAGGAAGCAGAACUGCUUGGUGAGCAUUACAUAUUACAGAUUUAGUUAUUUAGAGAUGAUUUGUAUCUGAACAGCAGUAUUUUUUACUAAUGGUUGUAUAUAAGAAAGAUUUUAAACAUUUUAUACACACAUACAUAUUUAUUUCCAUUCACUUCACCCCGCCCUGUUGUUUGGUUAUCAAACAUUCUUUAUCUUGUGAAAUAUUUUUUUAUUUUUUUUUAUUUUUUGGUUUUAAGAUGAUGAAUUCCCCCUUGGAAACAUUUUAUUUUAUGAUGUUUGUAAUCGAGAAAGUCUGGUCUGUUGUACGUCUGUUUGACUGAAACCUAAAUAGUAAACUUCUGCAUGUUUGAAGCUGAUCACUAGAACAAUUAAUGGUUUUGUUUUAAGCAUUGUCUUGUAUGGUCAUAAGUGCAUUUAUUAGUGAAGUUUGAGUUUUAUUCAUCAAAUAAUUCAAGUGUUGACUCUCUGUCAGGUCUAAAUGACUAGAUCACUUCUUUUUUUGUAGUGUAGUGAAACAGGCUUCACAUUAUUGUAGUUUUAGUUUACAGACUACAGAAUAAUAGAAUAAAUAUCGGAAGAUUAUUACCGGCAUUGUACAUUUGUUUUAAUGGCCACACUCUGAUUUUCCAGGUAAUAUUACCAUACAGGACCUUUCAACUCAACUUAAAUUUUAGAGAAUUAUGAGGGAGUUUGUUUCAGUAGGAAAUCACAUUCUUUUGCUGACAGCAAAAGAAACAAAGCAGAUAUAUUAUUAUUUAGUCAAAAGCAUACAAACACCAAUUCAAUAGUCAGUAUGCAUCCAUUUACUUAUGUAGUUCACCAACAUCUAGAGGGCAUGGCAGAAAGCACUUAAGGACAGAAUGCAUUUGCAAACAAACAUCCCUGUGUUUUAAUCAAUUAAAUAACCAACCAUAAUAAUCUCAAACCUGCUUAAUCCAACUCAGGCGAAACCCCUGUAAGAAAACCUCGUAGUUAAACAUGCAUAUGAAAACCGAGCCACAAACAAACCAACCUCUGCACAUACAAGUAAGAGUUUCACUGUUCUCUGUACACAUGACAAUAGUGACCCUCUACGCUGUCUAGGUCCCUGGUUAAUGAGGCAGAAAUGGCACCUACUGUACCCUGUAUUUUCAAAUAUACAUUGAAAAGAACUGCCAUAAUUAUUAUUUGCUCUAGUUAUUCUGCUGCAGUAUUGAAGCCAUAUGUCCAAAGAGAAAUGCAGAUGUAAAUAAACAGUUUGCUCUCAAGUUCUCCAUAGGAGAUUACAGAAGGAUAGAGGCUGAGGCUGCUGACUGUGAUGAACUUGUUGUCAGAAUCAGAGGUAACACGGUCUUCCAGUCCUCUGCCUGUUCUUGACAGAUUUUUUCAUCAAGUGCUUGACAGUUUUUGCAGGCACCACUUAAAGUCAUAAGUAACAUUUCCUUAUUUCUAAUUCUGUUUACACUUGCAUUUGUCAUAGGUUUCAUGUCUGCUGUUAAACACUUGAGUAAGUAAACCAUUUGGUUUAAAAGUUCACCUUUUUUUAAAGCACUUACAAUAACAGGAAUUAUUAUUUGUAGUUUUAACUGAUCCCCUUAUCCUUGUAUUCAGCUCAUUGCAUAAUUUUCACAAUUUUUCCAGCCAUUUUUUCAUAUCUGACUUCCUCCAUCCCAUUUCUGAACCAGUUUGGUUCUUAGGCUGAGCUUUUUCUGGUGGCUCAGGGUGGUUUGUUUUCUUGACACCACUGUAGCGAAGCCCUGGAUGGAUCGCAACUAGAAUGUCAGUCUCACUUACAAGCCUGUAAAUUACAGUCAUCAGUGAGGAAUAACCCAAGAAUUUGUAACCUCAUCACAAAUCGAACGUGUAAUCAUGUAAUCUGUUUUCUUUUAGUCUGCAUACCCAACAGGUCACAGGGUGUUGGAAAUUUUCUUGGCAGAGCAGACGCACAGCUUUCAAAUGGUAAAGGCUUAGUUGUACUGCUAAUUUAUUGCCUAAUUCCUCAAAAAAUCACAGCCCUUAAGUAUCGGAAGACAGACCUCUGUCUAUAAAAUCUCUUUUAGAAGAGUUUCUACUUGUAAAAGUAAGUGGUGAGGAUGAUUAGUAAUAUUUUAAUACGGCAGGUGUAUGUAGUGCUUUACUAGCAGAUAGAAGAGCAUUUUGUUAAUGUCAGCCAGACAUUGGGGCAUUUGUUGUAUUGUAAAUGCUAAGAACAAACAAUAGCUUUGUUUACAUGUAAACAAUGAAGCUUAUACUGAGGUCUAGUGUGGAAUUUGGCUUCUUUUUGCAUCAUUUGCAGAUUUGUUUUCAAACACUAAUUAAAGCAGGUGGGGUGAUGACAUAUGUAUGACCCCAAGCAGCUACAUUUGAAAGUUGCACUGGAUUUCCACAUGGCUUCCUAAAUCUGUACUACAGUAGCUAGCUGGCUUGGUAAUGAAGCAACCUGCACUUUAAAGAAUUAUUUAAAAUAAAAAAAGAGACAAAAUUUAGUUUUGAAUUAAUUGCUUACUGCUGUUAAUUGAUAUUUGAAAGAAUGCAAAUUGCUGCAUCUUGAGUAAAAACACUGUUUUCCUGUGACUUUUUGCUUUAAUGUAAAGUGAAUCUGACACUUGUUUUUAAACACAUUAAUAGCCAUAUAUUAUAUAAAAGGAGUUCUAUGUAUGUUUAAAGUUGACUGUAUUAUAUAAAGUAUGUGAAAUAUUUUGUAUUACUGCUUUUUAUGAAACUGUCUUUAGUUUGGCUUUGGAAUUUCAAAAGGUUUUUGUACAGCACUCAUAUGUACAGUGUUACCCCUCCAUUUGUACCAUUUCCUUAUUUACUGUAUAUAGUGUGUAUAAUACAAAUCACUUAAACAUUAAAAACCUUUCUUUGUAACAAGCA